UGGGGCCGGAAGACGCCGAGCCCCGCUCAGCUGCGGGCCGGGGGCGUGGCGAGGCCGGAUUCUGUUUCCCCCCGGCCCUGAGGAACUUUCGGUUUCGUUUCCGGCCAGCGUCUCCACCUCGCGGGAACCGCCCGCGCCCCUCCAGUUUCAGGCCCGACGGCCAUGGCGCCAACUGCACUCCUCCGUGAGGUGACCCAGGCGCUGUGCGCGGCCGGGGGCGCCUUGGAGCUGGAGGAGCUGCGGCGCCGCUUGCGGCCGAGAGUCAGCAGGGAUGUGCUGGAGCGGCUGUUGCGGGAGCGCGAGCGCUUGGCUGUGGCGCAGCGGGCGGCCGGGGCCGGCGCGGCGGCCGUCGAGCGUGUGGUGCUGGCCGUGUCGCCGCUGCGCGUGUGCGGCGCGUACCAGGGCCCGAAGCCGGGCUGCGUGGGGCUCUGCGCUCAGCUGCACCUCUGCAAGUUCGUGUUCUACGGCAAGUGCAAGUUCCUGAGGGACGGGAAGGACUGUAGGAACGGUCACAACUUGACGUCCGAUCACAACGUGAGCGUGCUGAAAACUCACGGCGUGGACCACCUCAGCUACAGUGAGCUCUGCGUGCUCUUGUUACAGAAUGACCCCUUGCUCUUGCCGGAGAUCUGCCUUCAUUACAACAAAGGACAUGGACCCUACGGCUCUUGUUCCUUUAGAAAGCAAUGUGUCAAACUCCACAUCUGCCAGUAUUUUUCACAGGGUGAAUGCAAGUUUGGCACUGGCUGUAAGAGAUCCCAUGAUUUCUCUAAUUCUGAGAACCUGGAAAAACUGGAGAAGUUGGGCAUGAGGUCAGAGCUGGUGAGCAGGCUGCCUUCCAUUUACAGAAAUGCUCAUGACAUCAAGAAUAAGAGCUCUCCCUCCAUCAGAGUGCCGCCUCCUCCCUCUUGGUCACAGGGGACUUCCGAAAGAAGAGGUGCAGGUUCUGUGUCCCCAAACACUGCCAACCAAGAGGAGAGUGAUCAGAUUUGCUUGUUCCAUAUCUGGAAGAGUUGUAGCUUUCAAGAUAGGUGCAGUAGAGUUCAUUUCCAUUUGCCAUAUCGAUGGCAAGUCUUAGAUGGAGGCAGGUGGAAGGAUUUGCGCAAAAUGGAGCUUGUUGAAGAGGCAUAUAGCAAUCCUGCAAGAGACGGGGUCACGUGCACCGAGUCAGCCAAUAGCUUUCUCGUUGGUUUUCUGAACUUUAACUCCAUGACGUUCGGUGCCACCUGGGCUCGCCGCCUCUCCACGGCCUCCUCGGUCACCAAACCUCCACACUUUAUCCUCACCACUGACUGGGUUUGGUACUGGAACGAUGAAUUUGGCUUUUGGCAGGAGUAUGGAAGACAAGGCAUGGAGCACCCCGUGACCAGCGUCAGCAGCAGCGAUUUGGAGAAGGCCUACCUGGCGUACUGUGCCGCAGGGUCUGACCCCCAGGCUGCCGCUCUGAGGUUCCAGGCAGGAAAGCACACAUACGAAUUAGACUUCAAAGCCUUCGUUCAGAAAAACCUGGCCUAUGGCACAGUUAGAAAGGUUUGCCGGAGACCCAAAUACGUAUCUCCCCAGGAUGUGAAGAUGAAGCAGAGCUGCGUCAAUUCCCAAGGCCUAAAGAGCAUCCCUGAGCAUUGGGACCACUUGGCCCUGCUGGACACCGGCUUUAAGAGGAUCGCCCUCCCUUCGUCCUCAGAGGAGUUUCAAAAGGUCUGGAACCUCUUCACCCAUACGAUGCCUCUCUACCACGUUCAGAAGAUUGAGCGGGUCCAGAACGUGGCCCUCUGGGAAGUCUACCAGUGGCAGAAGGAGCAGAUGCAGAAGAGAAACGGCGGGAAGACAGUGGAUGAGAGGCAGCUGUUCCACGGCACCAGCACCGGUUUCGUUGACGCCAUCUGCCAGCAGAACUUUGACUGGCGGGUCAGUGGUCUUCAUGGCACUUCCUAUGGCAGGGGGAGCUACUUUGCCCGGGACGCCGCGUAUUCCCACCACUACAGCAAAACUGACACCAAGUCCUGCACGAUGUUCCUGGCUCGGGUGCUGGUGGGCGAAUUCGUCCGAGGCAACGCCAACUUCGUCCGCCCCCCGGCCAAGGAGGGCCAGGGCAACGUCUUGUACGACAGCUGCGUGAACCACGUGUCUGACCCCUCCAUCUUCGUGGUCUUCGAGAAGCACCAGGCCUACCCGGAGUACGUCAUCCAGUACACCGAAUCCCCCGGGCCCACUGCCGCCGCCACCAGCCUGCUCUCCUUGGCGUCCUUCUUCAGUGUUCGGCAGUGAGCACCCCGAUGGUUUUAUGCCUUUCUGGCUGAUCUUACUUGAAAUAGCUAUUAGGGAAAGUUGGGGUUUUUUUGAACAAAAAACUUUUAAUGAACUGUUCAUUUAACAUUGACUUCUUGAUGAAAUUACAUUCUUAAUCUCUGGCUGAUAAUAUUUUCACUUUUAAGUCACUUUUGGACUAGCCAGUAGUGAUUGUAGGUGAACCCAUUAUUGCUUUUUACUCAGGUGUUAAAGUUUUAUGUUUUACUCUUUGUUGACUUUGCUGCAGAUUGGCACCAGGCACAGAGUUUCCAGACACUAUUUUAUCGAUUGGUUUUAAUUUUCAAGAGUUUCUGUCUCUUCAGUGGUUUGUUUUUUCAGGGUCUUGGUGGCACCUGGUUUUGUUUUUGUCCGAAUGACACAGCAGCCAUUGGUGCAGGAAAUCCUGGGUUGUGGGGCUGGUGAGGCACAGUCAUCGUGUCCAUUGCUGUGUCUCUAAUCUAGGCGGCUCUUCUGCUGCUUCUCCUGGGCUUCCAGCCUUGAAAUUGGCCCAUAUAUCACGUUGUUAGGACCAUGGCUACUGUGUGGUGUCACUGAGUCCCUGUCGGUCUCCCUUAGUCCUGGCAGCAGUCACCGUCACCCAGGAAGUGCACUCACCCUGGCAGGUGCCUCUGCACCGAGCACCCUGUGAAUAAGGGUUUUAUGUCCCCAUGAGAUCUGAAUACCUGUGCUGCAGCGUCACAGCAGAGUCUGGGAAUAAAAGAAUAUUUAUCUGA